UCCGUGUGAGUACCAGACUACUCUAAAAUAGCAUUCCAUUCAAAUGAUGUGUUAAGCGCAUGCGCAGUUGAUAGUGGUUUAAACUACUGACGAGUUGCUCGUUGUAGACUUUUUGCGUCUCACUACACUAGUAAACGUUGCGGUUUUUACUCGUUGGAAUCAAAAAUUUUUGGGUAAAUGGAAUGAUAUUUUCGUCAGCAGAAGAAUAGAGAAUCCCUGCUACCUGAACCAAGAUGUUUCGGCGGGGAAGGCAAGAGGACAGACUCCGUCUGAAGCGUGAUAUCGAUUUGUGGAAUGCCAGUCGGUUAGAUCUGUUUGAAAUAAGUGAACCAGAUGAGAAUUUGGAAUUCUUUGGUGUGAUGCGCUUCUUCUACCAGGAAGAAGGUGACAAAGUGACAUCCAAAUGUAUCAGAGUUUCAAGCUCAGCUAAUACAACAGAUGUCAUCAAUACGCUGAUCGAAAAAUUCCAUCCUGAUAUGCGCAUGUUGUCUAUUCCAGACUACAUAGUGGUGGAAGUACACGCUAAUUGUGAGGAGCGAGUUCUUGGGAAGGAUGAACAUCCCCUGAAGGUGCAGUUAAACUGGAGUGAAGAUUUACGAGAGGGUCGUUUCUUGCUCAAGAUGGCAAGUGAUACCACAAAGGUGAAUUUAUAUGGUGUUGAUGCUCCACCUCAGCAAUUUAAGAGAAAGCUGUCCAAAAGGGAGAAGAAAGAACAGAAAAAGAAGGAAAAAGAGGCCAAGCUAAGGAGCAAGAAUGAUACAGAAGAAAGCAAGACUGAGAAGCUCUACAAAGACCUGUCUAAGUCUCGCUUCACUCGUACAAUCUCUAAUCCAGAGAUGGUGAUGAAACGCCAACGGCAGAAAAAACUUGAACAGAUGGAACGCUUUAAGAAUCGACCACAGUCAGGAGGAGCCUUGAAGAUUUAUGCCCACUCCUUGUUCCCUGAAGUGCCUUAUAAGACACUCCUGGUUGAUGUAGACAGAACAUCAGAUACUAUCGUCAAGGAAGCUUUGGAGAAGUUUGGCAAGCCCAAGGAAAACCCACAGGAUUUUUGUCUUGUUAAGGUUGUUGUCCCACCAAAGGAGGAUCCUACAACAUACAUUGAGAAAGGUGGUUGGGGUAAAGAGCAUAUCAUGGAUGAUGAUGAAUCACCAUUGGAAGCAGUUAUGAGAUGGCCAGAGAGCAGAGGUGAAUUGAUUUUUGAGUUGAAACUGCGACCUUCUGACUACCAGCCUCGACUCAAGAAACGACAGGGAAAGGACAACCUACAGUCACCACGAUUACCACCAGAAAGACUUCCGUACUUCCUUGAAUUGAAUGAAGAUGGGACAGACAUCAUUGACUACAAACCUAAGCGCUGUCGUCUGCAGGAGAAUGUCACUGAAGUUGGCAGUGAGCAAGUAGUAUCAAACACAGGACAAUAUCUGCAGUUAUUUUCGCUUGGUAUUCAGCCUCGUCAUUGUGUGGUAGCCAAUAUGGAGGGUGUGGUUACCGUUACUCCCACCAGCCCAGAAUCUGAGACGUAUGUGAAUGGUCAUCGCAUUUAUGAGACUACCAUGCUUCAACAUGGUGCUGUGGUUAGGUUUGGGAGGCAAGCUUGCUUUCGAUUCUGUGAUCCUGAAGUUGAAGACCCGGAUUGGGCCAAGAGAGAACAGAAGUCCGAUAACUUUGAGACAACAUUUGAUGUCGAUGGUAAAGUUGAGACUAAUGCAGGCCAGAUGGAGAAGAGAACUAAGCCACCAGAAGUACUGCCAGCAACUCUGGAAUUCAAGGAAGCAGCCGAGGAUAAAUUCCUGACUACCUUCAUACGUGAUGUCAAUGGUGCCAGCAUCUACUUCAAACUGGCUCCUACAUACACGCUGUAUCUGGGAUGUAGAUUCCGAUUGUCUAAGCUGUAUCGACCAGAGAUGGGACCUACUGAGCGUGCUCAGAGGCUAACAGCCUUCCUGAACAAGACAGCAGAUCUGAUAGAUCGCACAGUUGCGGAACAUCACCAAAUAGCUGGUGUGCUGGCUUUCUGGUUAGCCAAUGCUUCAGAGUUUCUGCAUUUUAUCAAGGAAGAUCAAGACCUGAGUAGCAUCUCUCAAGAUGCACAAGAUAUCUUACAGGAAUGCAUCCAACAAAUAUUCAGGCAUCUUGUUCAUAGCAUACAAGUGGAGAUGAACAUGAACUUAUCAGCAUUCUUAGAUCCUAGUGCAGAUGCUGAUGCAGAGAAAGAUAUGUCUACAGAUGAUGAUAAGAGUAAUGACAGUUGGCGUGAAGGUAGUAAAGAUAAUCCACUACGCAUCAGUGCACGCUGGUUGAAUCCACCCAACCGUGGUCCACCUCAGACCAGACCUAAUAUUGGUGAUGUUGUUCACAUCUUCCACUCUGUGAUGACUCUUCUGCGGCGUUGCCGUGUCAACGCUGGCCUGACUAUUCAACUCUUCUCUCAACUCUUCCAUUUUGUUGGUGCUUGGGUCUUCAACAAGUUGGUUGCUCAUCCUCAGCUUCGUUUGUGUCAUCGUGACAGUGCAGCCAUGCUGCAUCAUAGAUUAAACCGUAUCAAUGCGUGGGCUGAGAAACAAGGAUUAGAGCUUGCCGCUGAGGCACAUAUGGCCAAGAUUACACAGGCUCUGCAGUUGUUGAUGGCACCUAAGGAUUCUAGAGAUGCUUUGAACGCUGCCUGCUCACAGUGCUUCCAGCUUAAUUCCAGACAACUCAGGGCACUACUGGAAAAUUACAUCCCUUCCCACAAUGAGAGACACAUACCUAAUGAUGCCAUCAUGAAAGUGGUAUCUAUUGCUCAGAGUACCAAUGAUGAGCCAUCUACCGAUAGUCGUCCAGUACCCUUAGAGGAAGAUCCUGAGUUACGUCUAGCACUCAUUGUACCUGAAGAUGGGUACUCAUGCGAAAUUGUCAAAAACAUUCCAAAUGGACUACAGGAGUUCUUGGAACCAUUGAUGCGCGCCGGCUUGGCAAGAUUGACUGUCAACCCAACAUCAUCAGGGGACUGGACAGUGUACCUGUAUGGCCACAAUCAAAGUAUGGAUCAGGGACAACCUCGACAUAUUCAGCCCCAGCAUGCUCCUCCCACACAGAAACAACAGCAGCAAGCACCACCCCAACAGCAGCAUGCACCAACCCAACUGCAGCAACGGCAGCAGCAAGUGCCACCCGAACUGCAGCAACAGCGGCAGCAAGCCCCACCCCAACUGCAACAGCAGCAAGCACCACUCCAACAGCAACGGCAGCAAGCACCACCCCAACUGCAGCAACGGCAGCAGCACAUGCCACCCGAACUGCAGCAACAGCGGCAACAAGCCCCACCCCUACUGCAGCAACAGCAGCAAGCAUCACCCCAACAGCAGAAGCAAGCACCGCCCAUGUCACCUGUUAUGGUUAAACCUCCACCUCAAGUCCGCGCAGAUGCUAAAGCACCUCCAGGAAAGGAACCUGAAAUAUUCACCAUUCAAUUGAACAAAGGAGGCAGCAGAAUGGGUCUGAGUAUCAUUGCAGCUAAGGGUGUUGGACAAGAGAAGAUUGGUGUGUAUGUCAAGGCAGUGGUACCAGGAGCUGCGGCACAUAAGGAUGGACGUAUCAAAGCUGGUGAUCAGAUCUUAGAAGUUGAUGGAAAUAGUCUGGUGGGCCUCAAUCAAGAACAAGCUGCGGUCUACCUGGUGAAGACAGGACAGAUUGUAACUCUCAAGAUCGCAGAGCAAGGAGCAAUCUUCCAUGGCUUAGCAGAAAUACUUAGCCAACCAUCACCUCCAAUGCAAAGAGCCAACAAGGGAGCUCAACCUCCAACCUCCACACAGUCAUCUCAACCUCAGACCCGACCAAAGAGUGAAGACAUGUCACAGGUCAUGUCCCCACCCCAGAUGGCCGAACCUGGUGGCAGAUAUCCUGAGAGUAGAGAGUGGCCAACACAACGUGAUGUUCCUGCUGCUGCACCAAGACUGGGUCGUUAUGAAAUGAGCAAAGCUGAUUAUGCUAGAUCAUCUCCCAAUCUCAGAGAGGAGCCUCGUCAGCGUAUCCAGUCUGAUCGGGACUUGUAUGCAACAGUGAAUAAAGACCCUUAUAAAAGAGCAACAUCCAACACCAACCUGAAGGGUCAACAUCCUGCCAGCCAACAAAUGUAUCAACGUUCUAAGUCAACAUCAAACUUAGAUCCAGAACCAGAAAUGACGAAUCGGGAUCUGUCAAGGUCAGCUGUGUCCCAAGCCAAUGUCAGAGCCCCACCACCAGGAGGAAUUCAAGUCAUGGGAGGUCCAAUUCCUGCACCUCGCCUUAAAGAUCUUCACUCAGUCUCUGAGGCUGAGCCAAAAACAAAGGAAGAAAUAGCUAGAGAGGAGCAGGCGCAGAGGGCUAAAGAAGAACGUGAAAGACAGGAGAGAACAAGACAAGAAAAACUGGAGGAAGACAGACAACGAGAGGAGAUGGAAAGAGAAGAACGCAUAAGACAUGAAAGACUGAGAGAACAGCAACUCCAAGAAGAGCGACUGAAGGAGGAAAGACUUCGAGAAGAGAGACUGCGAGAAGAAAGGCUACGUGAAGAGAGACUUCGGGAAGAAAGACUGCGAGAAGAAAGGCUGCGGGAAGAAAGAGCUAAAGCAGAACAAUUAAGAAUACAAAGACUGAGGGAAGAAAGAGCAAAAGAAGAGAGGCUGAGAGAGGAAAGGGCCAGGCAAGAGCGUGCUAGGGAAGAAAGAGCAAGGGAGGAAAGAGCCAGAUUAGAGAAAGCCAGAGAGGAAAGACUUAGGGAGGAAAGAGCUAGAGAAGAACGACUAAGAGAGGAAAGGGCUAGAGAAGAAAGGCUGAAGGAAGAAAGAGCCAGAGAAGAACGACUGAGAGAGGAAAGAGCCAGAGAAGAACGACUGAGAGAGGAAAGGGCCAGAGAAGAACGACUGAGAGAGGAAAGGGCCAGAAAAGAGGAAGAGAGACUGAAGGAAGAACGGGCAAGAGAGGAAAUGGCAAGGAUUGAAAGAUUGAGAGAAGAAAGAGCUAGAGAGGAACAGGCUCAAGAAGAAAAGAUGCGAGCAGAAAGAGAGAAAGAGAUUAGAGUCAGAGAAGAACAGGACAAGAUUUAUCGACAGAAUGAAUAUCGCCAACAACUCCCACCUAGUCAAUAUCAGUCAGGUCCAAGGGAUUAUUAUAAUCCCAAUUACCAAUAUCCCCCAAAUGAGCCAAGAGAGUUGCAGUAUCAGGAUCGACCGCCCUAUGGUUGGGAAGGAAAUAGAGAUGAAAUGGCAAAACCGGCACCAGCUCCACGAACCUCAGUCUCGCAGGAUAACAGGUAUAAUCCACAGCCAAACUACACUCCCAUUAGUUCUCAACAUCAACAAAUGUAUCAGAGUGCACCAUUUUACAGCAUUUCUGACAACCAGAGAAAUACUGACACUCCUCCACCCCCUCCACCUCCAGAGGGAUAUGAUACCUUGAUAAGUGAUUUCCCACCACCCCCUGUUGAUCUUCCCCCACCUCCUCCUGAGGCAGACUUCCAGCAAGAGCUUCCUCCCCCACCACCACCCAGCAGUCAGUUAAGGGAUGGUAGUCAGUCUCUACCACCAGGAGCAAUGCAGCAAUACCACCUGUGGCAUGAACAAGAGAAGAGACGUAUUCAAGAAGAGCAUGAACAACGGAUGAGAGAGAAACGGGCAUUUGUUGAUGCCCAGCGACAAGCAUACCAGGAUUCCAAACAUCAGCAAGAACAAAUGCAUCAAGUACAGCAAGAACGACCAACGUAUGCAUCAUUGCCACGACAAGGGCGCAUAAAUAAACAAAGCUCCUUCAACCGAGACAUGACACCAUCAGGGAGUGACCAGCAACGCCCUGAACUGCAAAGGCAAAACUCAGGCCCCAAACCUGUACCAAUACCAAGAGCCCCAGUCAGGAAACACUCUGAAGAUGAACCCAGCAGGCCUCGCAGUGAGCACUACCCUUCUGAAGCUAUGCCACAAUCUCCUAGACCCCUCAGCCAAAACUAUGAUGCUCCAUCACAGCAAAGAGAGACUAGACCACUUGGCCCUGAUGCUAGAUAUCCCUUAAACAGUGAAGAUAUCGGCCCAAACUUGUCAGGUCAAGGGAAGUGGAGUGCCACGCUGGACACCCAUACCUCACAUGAAGACCUGAAAGGUCCGUCACCAUGGAAACGAGAGGAAAGGGAAAAGUGGGAGCAGUGGCAUGAACAGCAAAAGAAGAUGGCGCGAGAACAGGCCAUUGAGGAGUUGACAAGACAGGAGAAUCUGACUCCACAGCAACAGGAGAAGCUUAGAAAGCUUAGAAUGGAACAAGAAUUCCAACGUCGUCUAGAAGAGUCACGACAAGAGAAUGAUGAGGAAGAAGCAGAAGAUGAAGAGGAAGCAAGCAAGCGACGAGAGCAGUUUGAGAUGGUUCAGGCUCAAGCUGAGCACCUCAUGCAACAAAUGGCAUCCAGACCACAAGAGGAUGAUUACUUCCAACGGAAGAAAGAACAUCGGCAGCUUAGACAAGCUGAACAAGACCAAUUUAUGAGACAAAUUGAUGGAAACCAAGGACUUCAGCGACAGGAGGAAGAGAUGCAAAGACGACACACAUUACAGAGGUUAGAAUAUCAGAGACGGGAAGCUGAGAUUGAGCAGGAACGACGACGUAUCGAAGAGCAGUUAUCAUUCAAACCUAACAACCCUCCAGUUCCUCCCUCCCCUCAUCAGCCCCCGUCUAAUGAUUCCAAUGUGGUUCAUACCAAAGUCAAUGUCAGUUAUGUCCCAGGUCCAGAGAAAACAUACUUAUCCCCAACUUCUGAGAGAGCACCACCCCCAAGAAACAACCAGCGAACCCAAAAGCCACCACCUCCUACCCAGCCCAAACCAAAACCCCCAAUUGCUCCCAAGAAAUUUGCAGUCCAAGCCGGGAAAGCCAAUGGACGAGGGCCAGCAUCCAAUUAUGCUGCUGUUGGCCCAAUUCCUUACUCAGCAAACACAUCCACAAUCAGCCAAAUUCCCAUGCAGGAAAACAGUGCAUAUGAACCAGCUAUUGAGUACAAUCACUCCCCAACACCGAACAACCAACCAAGUCCUUACCAAUAUGCCACUCCAGAAAACUCCCAGAACCUCAAUACCUUUAAGGCUGCAGAUACACCUGCUGUUAUUGGGGCUCAAGAGGUGUACCGAGAUCCUCGUGAAAGACUCCUUGCUAGUAAACAAGCAAACAGUGAAGGUCCUGCUAUUGAGAAGAUGUCAUUCCGAGAUAAGAUGAAGAUGUUUACAGAAGACAGCCCUGUUAAGAAAACCAAAGCCUCCAAGUGGGAGAGAGAGUUUGUGGCUCAAAAUCCACACUUGAAUAGUACUUAAUGACUGAGCCUCAACUUCAUGAAUGAUUUAGCAUGCACAUGUGCAUACCUUGUACACAUUGUAUAUCAACUUGAGUUUAUCUUGGAAGUUCGGAUUCAGUCUGAAAUGGCGACAACAUUAAAGGGAAAUAGGUAAUUGAGAAACAGACUGCUUGAAUUCAAGGCAGUUAGGUUUGUCCCAUCUAUUUUGUAAAAACUGUAAGUUCAUGUAUAUUCAAGCUUGUAUUCAAUACUUGUCCAACAACAGUUGUCUGGCUAAAAAUUCCAAAAUUAAUGUAUAUCUCCCGGCAAAAAUCCAUCCUUGGAAAUAGUUGUCUGGCAGCUGUUCCCACAGAUUAUUAUCAGUGAAGUCUUUGUGGUCACUUCAACUUGGAUUCUAAUCUCGCAGGAAGUAAAUUGGUUGAGGUGUUUGUAGUUUUAUGCAUUGAUAUGGUUAUAAAUGAUAGGUAUUUUAUUUCUGAUCUCUGAUGUUAGGGAUGUAUGUCGGUAGGUCAACUGUUGGCAGCCAUGUGUAUAGUCUUACCUUAUUUUAUCACUUUGAAUAACUAUGAAGGAUUGUUUUACUUUUUUUUUUUUAGUUCAGAAUGUAUGCCUUGUUUCAUGGGAAAAUUUUCAGUUGAAAGUGAAGUUGCCACCUUUUAUAUUUAUAAAGCAAAUAAUUUUUUGGUUUUAUUGUACAGCUUAUGCGAUGAUUGUACAUAAUUCCUUGGUGUCCUUGGUAGUCAGUUAAUCUUAAUAGCAUAUUGAAUGAUGUUUACCAAAAAGAUAGCAAUAUAAUUUUGACACUGAAUGAAGGCGUUCAUGAAUUUAUUACUAAGGCGCUAUGCAUCCUUUCAAAUUUGAAGCAGAACAAACUUGCCUGCCGUACAUAAUACCUGACUCCAAAAUAGAUAAACAAGCUUUGAUAAUUGAGGUACAUGUAAUUACUGUGCUCACUGUUGGCCUUGAAUUCAUUCUGUUAUGAGAUCCUCUUGUAUUGAAUCAAUCAAAGUCAAAACUUGGGAAGUGAAAUGUUCCGUUGUUACCACUACAACUCGGCACCAAAUAUUUGAUAUUUAGGAGGAUGGUUGAUGCAUAAAGCAUCAUAAGAUUACUUGCUCAAUAGGAAGAAUGGAAUAUGCAUGUAUAAAUUUGUCAUCGUUGGGGUUGUUUUCAUUUGUACAUGACAGAUAGUUUUGCAAGCUGUGUGUUUAGUCAUGUACUAAGAUCUGUUUUAAUGCAGUCCUCAAUAUCCAUGGGUGUCCUGUAGGAUCAUUGUUUUGUUUACUUGCAUGCGCCUGGAAUCCCCCCCCAUCACUGCCACUUUGUAAAGUUUUAAUAAAAUGUCUUUUUCAAUUAUUUUAGUUUAGUAGCCAGGUAUUAUAUAUUUUUGAUAAUGUUCUUGAAAUUCAGCUUUUUAAUAAUCGUGAUUACAUACAUAAGUUUUUCUAGUUGAAAUGCUUCUAGUGUCAAAAAUAUUAAAUUUAUUGUAUGAUUGGAAAUUGCCACAGGAGGGAUAAGAUUGAAUGUAACUGAUACUAACUUUGAAGGAAGUAUGCCGUUUGAUGGGGAACUGUUCAAGCUUCAGUGUAAAAUCUGUUUCCAAUACAGCCAAUAUUGCAUUGGGGAUCAGUUCAUUAAUUUCUAAAAGCUUUGUUGUAUUGUUUGGUAUACAUGGUUGUUAUCUUAUGCAUGCGUAGAUUGUCCAAUCUUGUUAUUUUAUCAAGUGAAUGUGUAAGCAUGUGCACUUGUAUAGUUUAUGACAGUAACACUACAUGUAUUAACUGUUUUUUUGCUUGGUUUUCAGAUAAUCAGUUUUUAGAAAGUUAAUUUGAAUGGUGUUGCAGUUCUGUACCUAGUCAAGAAUUGAAGUACAGGUAUUGGGUAGUCAGAGAGCAGUGGCCAAGUUUUUGUCGUGUAUUUGAGGGAGUCUUUUCAACUUUCAUGGCCACUUGACUGUUUUACACGGUUUACACAGUUCACACGGUUUUCUUCAAACCUGACAAAUUCAUUGUAGUUUUUGUCAAUGUACAGGUAAUUUCCAGUUUAUUAAUAUCUACUUUUGGGAAUUGAAUGCGUUUACUUUAAUACAUUUUACUGAUAGGGUAAUUUUUGUGUUUAAGGGACCACGUUUGGAGUUAAAGAAUGCUGUGUAUAUGGGUAAUGUUGAAUUGUAUUUUUUCCGACCAAAUUUGAUUGCACAUAUUGGGCAUUUGACUCCUUUGGUGAAACCCAAGAAUCAUCACAUUUUGAAGGCCAUGUUAGCUUUGGGUUGGCUUAGGGUCAUUGUGAAGUUGAGCAUUGCAUAGGAUGACCAUAUUGCCUUUUGUUUUGCCUGUUAACAGUUUUGAAAUGUCAUCAACUGGCUUGAUUCAAAUCAAUAUUGUAGGAUUUCCCCUUAUUAUCCUUCUAGGGAUAAAUGCAGAUAAUCUGCAUGUGUUUUGAAGGAUGGAAUUGAUGGAGGUAUAUUUACAUGUAUGUACCUUGUCAGGCUAGAUGGGCUUGACAGUACAGCUAUAACAUCUGCGUUACAAUACAGUCGGAUUUGAUUUCACAAUUCAAAAUCAUUUACUUACUUUCAGUUUGAAUUUACAUAUAUCUGAUGCAAGAGCUUGUACAGAGUUCAAGCAUAUCUGUAUGUAGCAGUCAAUAACUUUUAAGUCAGCUACAUGGAUAUGCAUAGUUUACCAGCGUGCAACAUAUUGUUGAACGAACAAGGGUUUGGCUUACAAAAUAAUAUCCCAAAAAUUGUAAACAGCAGACAAACAUACAUACCUUUGAGUCGUUCCUUAUCCAUAGUAGGAGUGUUGCAAAUUGGAUUUUGGGAUGGUGGAAAGACCACUUGACAUGCAAUUGGGUCCUUAUCCUUGUUCUUUUAGACACAAAUGACACCAAGGGCUCUACCAUUUGUUACGUAUAACAUGUAAUUUUUACUUAAUAUGUUGAUUAUAAGAGUUUUUGAGUUCCCUCGUACUUUCUUAAUUUCAAAUCAUGAAUUUCUUGCUGAUGGACCGUGCUACCUCCAGGGAUUAUGAAUCAGUGUUCACGACAUGCCGUACCAAAUGCAUGCAUGUACUAAUGAAAUAGGCAAUCACAGAUGAGUUUUCAUUGCUGUUCAAAAGUACUUUAUUAACUAUACAGUACCAUGCACAUUACAUCUUCUAUAGGAAAAGGGGAUUUUUCCAAGUACUUAGCCUGCUUGUUAGACUCUUGGACCACACUUAUCCAAUGUAUAAAGUCAUUAUGGACACUGUAUUUUGUACAAAGAAUUAGCAUAAAUGGUAAAUAUACUAAUUACGCAAACAUAGUUUCUGAUAUAUAGUUCUGCUGUUUAGAGUAAGUUUUGCAUACUUUUAACUACGUUCAUGCCACUUGUUGCGUUGAAUGAAUAAUAAAACAAUUCAAAUAACAAACCA